UAUAGAGCAUAAGAGAUGGCUGAAAGGAAGGAUGCACUUUCUAUAGGUGGUUGUUCGUUUGACGAGCACUACAGUAAUUGUGGUUAUAGCGUGGCCUUGGGAACCAAUGGAUUUACCUGGGAGCAGAUCAAUACCUGGGAAAAGCCAACGAUGGAUCCUGCAGUCCCAACUGGCUCCUUCAUGAUGGUGAACAGCUCUGGACGGGCAUCCGGGCAGAAAGCUCAUUUGCUUUUGCCCACUUUGAAGGAAAAUGACACACAUUGCAUCGACUUCCAUUAUUACUUAUCCAGCAGAGAUCGCUCAAGUCCUGGCUCUCUGAAUGUCUACGUGAAAGUGAACGGAGGACCACAGGGCAAUCCCAUAUGGAAUGUCUCAGGGGUUGUUACAGAAGGAUGGGUGAAGGCAGAACUUGCCAUCAGUACAUUCUGGCCACAUUUUUAUCAGGUGAUAUUUGAAUCUGUCUCUUUGAAAGGACACCCAGGGUACAUAGCUGUGGAUGAAGUCCGAGUUCUUGCCCAUCCAUGCAGAAAAGCACCUCAUUUCCUACGGCUUCAGAAUGUGGAGGUUAAUGUGGGACAGAAUGCGACAUUCCAGUGCAUUGCUGGGGGGAAGUGGUCCCAGCAUGACAAACUCUGGCUCCAGCAGUGGAAUGGGAGAGAUACGGCAUUAAUGGUCACUCGAGUGGUCAACCACAGGCGUUUCUCUGCUACUGUCAGCGUUGCUGACACCUCUCAACGCAGUAUCAGCAAAUACCGAUGUGUCAUUCGUUCAGACGGUGGAUCUGGAGUUUCAAAUUAUGCAGAAUUAAUAGUGAAAGAACCCCCAACUCCUAUUGCCCCUCCCGAGCUGCUGGCUGUUGGAGCCACCUACCUGUGGAUCAAACCCAACGCCAACUCCAUCAUCGGAGACGGGCCCAUCAUACUGAAAGAGGUGGAGUAUCGGACGACCACUGGGAACUGGGCAGAAACGCACAUUGUAGACUCUCCCAAUUACAAACUGUGGCAUCUGGAUCCAGAUGUAGAGUAUGAGAUCAGGGUGCUGCUGACUCGGCCAGGAGAAGGAGGCACGGGGCCACCAGGACCACCACUCACCACAAGGACAAAAUGUGCAGAUCCUGUCCAUGGACCACAGAAUGUAGAAGUUGUUGAUAUCCGUUCCCGGCAACUAACACUGCAGUGGGAGCCCUUUGGUUAUGCGGUGACCCGCUGCCACAGCUACAAUCUCACAGUCCAGUACCAGUAUGUCUUUAACCAGCAAAAAUUUGAGGCAGAGGAACUCAUCCAAACUUCUUCCCACUAUACCUUGCGAGGUCUUCGGCCCUUCAUGACCAUCAGGCUAAGGCUGGCCCUUUCUAAUCCAGAGGGCAAAAUGGAGAGUGAGGAGUUGGUUGUGCAGACUGAGGAGGAUGUUCCUGGACCUGUUCCCUUGGAAUCCAUCCAGGGAGGACCUUUUGAAGAGAAGAUCUAUGUUCAGUGGAAGCCUCCAAAUGAGACAAAUGGCAUCAUCACACUUUAUGAGAUUACUUACAAGGCCGUUGGAUCUCUGGAUCCCAGCGCUGACCUGUCCAGCCAAAGGGGGAAAGUCUUCAAACUAAGGAAUGAAACACAUCACCUCUUUGUAGGAUUAUACCCGGGGACUACGUAUUCAUUCACCAUCAAAGCCAGCACAGUGAAGGGCUUUGGGCCACCCAUCACAACACGGAUUGCAACUAAGAUUUCAGCGCCGUCGAUGCCGGAGUACGACACGGACUCGCCCUUGAACGAGACCGACACCACCAUCACCGUCAUGCUGAAGCCUGCUCAGUCCCGGGGAGCCCCUGUCAGUGUCUAUCAACUUGUUGUCAAAGAGGAGAAGCUACAGAAGGCGCGCAGAGCUGCAGACAUCAUUGAGUGCUUCUCCAUCCCAGUGAGCUACAAGAACGCCUCCAGCCUUGACUCACCACACUACUUUGCAGCUGAGCUGAAGCCCAUCAACCUGCCCGUCACACAGCCCUUCACAGUGGGCGACAACAAGACCUACAAUGGCUACUGGAAUGCCCCUCUUUCUCCCCUGAAAAGCUACAGCAUAUACUUCCAGGCUCUUAGCAAGGCAAACGGCGAAACGAAAAUCAACUGUGUCCGGCUGGCAACUAAAGGAGCUUCCACCCAGAAUUCCAAUGCAGUGGAACCAGAAAAGCAAGUUGACAGCACAGUGAAAAUGGCUGGAGUUAUAGCUGGGCUUCUGAUGUUUGUUAUUAUUCUCUUAGGAGCAAUGCUUACCAUCAAGAGAAGAAGAAAUGCAUACUCCUACUCCUAUUACUUGCAUUCAAGCCAAUGUUUUAGGGGCCUCUCUGUCUUCUACAGGACCAGGAAGCUAGCCAAGAAGCAGAAGGAGACUCAGACCAGCACGCAGAGAGAGAUGGGUCCCGUGGCCACUUCAGACAAGGCCUCUACCAAACUCAGCGCUGUUCACAAUGAAGAAGCUUUCUCUUCCAGCUGCCAAGAUGUUAAUGGAUUCACAUCACCCUCUCCUUGUUCAUUUUCUGUCCAAAGCAAAACCCUUCAGAGCAAAUCUUUGUUGAAUUCCUACUACUCAGUAUCAUCAGACACUGUUCCAUCGACCACGCUGUUAGGUAAGAGGACAGACAGUAGCCAUGGAGAGAUGACCCAGCCAACCUUGACUAUCCAGACCCACCCGUACCGGAGCUGCGAGCCGGUGGAAAUGUCCUACCCACGGGGGCAGUUCCAGCCAGCCAUCCGAGUGGCCGACCUGCUGCAGCACAUCACCCAGAUGAAGCGCGGACAGGGCUAUGGAUUUAAAGAGGAAUAUGAGGCACUACCCGAGGGGCAGACGGCAUCCUGGGAUACAGCCAAGGAAGAUGAAAAUCGCAAUAAGAAUAGAUAUGGAAACAUAAUCUCCUAUGAUCAUUCAAGAGUGAGAUUGCAGCUGCUGGAUGGGGACCCUCACUCUGACUACAUCAACGCCAAUUACAUAGACGGGUACCACCGGCCUCGUCAUUACAUUGCAACUCAAGGGCCGAUGCAAGAGACAGUGAAGGAUUUCUGGAGAAUGAUUUGGCAAGAAAACUCUGCAAGCGUUGUCAUGGUCACCAACUUGGUGGAAGUGGGCAGGGUGAAGUGUGUUCGGUACUGGCCAGAUGACACAGAGGUCUAUGGGGAUAUUAAAGUCACGUUAAUUGAGACAGAACCACUGGCAGAGUAUGUCAUACGCACAUUUACUGUACAGAAGAAAGGCUACCAUGAGAUCCGAGAGAUCCGGCAGUUCCACUUCACCAGCUGGCCGGACCACGGGGUUCCUUGCUAUGCCACGGGCCUCCUGGGCUUUGUUCGGCAAGUGAAGUUCCUCAACCCCCCAGAGGCAGGACCCAUCGUUGUGCACUGCAGUGCUGGGGCCGGGAGAACAGGGUGCUUUAUUGCCAUUGACAUCAUGCUUGACAUGGCAGAGAACGAAGGCGUGGUCGAUAUAUUUAACUGCGUGCGAGAGCUGCGCUCCCAGAGGGUCAACUUGGUGCAGACAGAGGAACAGUAUGUAUUUGUCCAUGAUGCCAUUUUGGAGGCGUGUCUCUGCGGCAACACGGCCAUUCCAGUUUGUGAGUUCAGAUCCAUAUAUUACAACAUCAGCAGAUUAGAUCCACAGACCAAUUCCAGCCAGAUAAAAGAUGAGUUUCAGACUCUCAAUAUUGUGACGCCGCGGGUUCGACCAGAAGACUGCAGCAUCGGCCUUUUGCCGAGGAACCACGACAAGAACCGCUGCAUGGACGUGCUGCCCUUGGACCGGUGCCUGCCCUUCCUCAUCUCUGUGGAUGGCGAAUCCAGUAACUACAUCAAUGCUGCGCUCAUGGAUAGCCACAAGCAACCUGCUGCCUUUAUUGUAACCCAGCACCCUUUGCCCAACACCGUAGCAGACUUCUGGAGGCUGGUGUUUGAUUAUAACUGCUCCUCCGUAGUGAUGCUGAAUGAGAUGGAUGCAGCACAGCUCUGCAUGCAGUACUGGCCAGAGAAGACGUCCUGUUGCUACGGUCCGAUUCAAGUAGAGUUUGUUUCAGCAGACAUUGAUGAAGACAUCAUCAACCGGAUAUUCCGGAUCUGCAACAUGGCCAGGCCCCAGGAUGGCUAUCGCAUAGUUCAGCACCUGCAGUACAUUGGCUGGCCGGCGUACCGGGACACCCCUCCGUCCAAACGCUCGCUGCUGAAGGUGGUCAGGAGGCUGGAGAAGUGGCAGGAGCAGUACGAUGGGAGAGACGGCCGCACUGUGGUCCACUGCCUGAAUGGUGGGGGACGCAGUGGCACCUUCUGUGCCAUCUGCAGUGUGUGUGAAAUGAUUCAGCAGCAAAAUAUCAUCGACGUGUUCCACAUAGUGAAAACGUUACGGAAUAACAAGUCCAACAUGGUGGAGUCGCUGGAACAGUAUAAAUUUGUAUAUGAGGUUGCACUGGAAUACUUGAGCUCCUUUUAGCCCAGCAGAGGGAGGGGAGCCUCCGACGUGGCAGACCCUGACCCCUGGCAAACGCUUCUCCCCUCUCCCACACUAGAAGGCAGUGACAAGUGUGGGAAGGAAAACCUCUCCUUCCUGGAGAAAAAGACUGAGACUGCACAGACCAGCUGGAAGGAGGAGAUGAUGCCUGUGUUUGCUGCUGCCUGCUUUCUAUUGGAGCACCUACCGCUUCUUAAAUAACCUACUGUAAAAAUAAGCAAAAUGGGAGACAGGCUGAAGGACUGGACUUUCUAAUCCCCUCUGACUUCUUCUCUCCUCUUUAGGAUUGUAUUUUUGCUGUCCUUGCUGAAGAGAAAGAAUGAAACCUUUAGGAAAUUUUCUUCUAAAUGUCUCCUUUUUAAGUUAUUAUUUUGUUCUCAAAUCCCAGUCUUUAAUUUUUGAAUUUCAUGCAGCAGUCAUUUGGGAAAAAAUGAGAUAGCCAUAGGGAAUUUAUGAAAUGUUUCAUUACAGUUUGCCUCUCUUAUCUGUUUUUUGUUUUAUCUUCCAAAUGAAAAGGCCAACACCAAAAAACACUGGAAAUAUCGUUCCGCAUCUGGUUCCUUUUAGCAUGAAGAUGGUGGAGAUGAGGAGUUAGUUGUUCAUGGAUUCACAUCUUGGCUUCUACACGUUUCCUCCCAGUUUCUCCCAAGGCUGUGCAUGAACUGGUUACAUCUCUCUGGUCCGUGUUUGUUUCAGUGCUGGUGAAGCAAUAUUAAUGAGUUUCCCAGCCACUUAAACCCUAAAGUGAAAUAUUUGCAUCAAACGAAUUGCAUUUGUCUUGCAACUUUGGUAACGUCGUUACCAUAUUUUUCAAGUAUUUGCUGGGGUGCAGUGUGUCUUUGAAAAACAGGGUAUAAAGUAGGUAUUAUUGAUCAUAUACUAUGUAUUAUUAUUUUUUUAUUUAUUAUUUGUAUUGCUGUAGAACUUAGGACCCCUAGUCCUGACAGGUCCCUGCUGAACUAGGCUAGGCACUGUGCAAAUGAAUAGCAAAGAGGGUUCCUGCUCAAGAGCUUAGAAUCAGAAGGUAGUCUUAAAAUUGAGUUUGAUCAGGUUUUCCUCGCUGUUCCCAAACUGCUGUACAGUCAGACAUAGGUGAGUGAUUUAUUCAGAUUUCCAGCCCCUGCAAAUUUAAAAUGGUAACCCAUCCGAGCUGCAGGAGGGGUGAUGUACAUACACACAAACCUGUUCUGGCAUCUGCUAAGAAAAGUCUUCGACCAGCACAGUGAUUUUCCAUCUUAAGCAAAACAGCUUUUGUUUUGUUCUGUUGAAAUGCCUGUGCAACUCUUCUUCUUUGCAGCAAACAUCAGGUGUGUUUUGCCAUGGUUCUGGAUCUCGCUCUGACUUCAUAGAGGCUAAGAAAUUGCUUUUCUGAAAGUGUUUGUUUAAGUAGUUAAUCACUAAGGUCUACAGGAUAAUCUUUGAGAUUUUUUUUAAAUGAACAAGGAUUUACAAUAUUCAGUAUUUCAAUUUAGGCAUUUAUUUAUCUUGAGAGUGCAGGGAUACAAGGUUGUUCAGCGUGUAAAUUAGAUUCUAGGUGAUGUAGGCUUCUUCAAACAUAGACUUGCUUAAAGCUAGACAAGUAAGGUAAGAGUUUAAGGAAAUUCCACUUUCUUACCAUUUCAUAGCAUUUCACCCUCUGGUAAAGACUCAGAAACUGUGCUGGGAGCUCAGUCAUGUCAAUGCCUUGCAUGGAGAACGCCAGAAGUUUUUAAAAAAUUACCAAUUCCAUAUAUAAAUUCAGAAGGUACCUCUGCUUCAUGGUCAUUCUUUUCUUGGUUAUUAUAUCUUUGCCUUGACAAUUGAAUCUGAUUGAAGCAGUUAUUGACUCAGAUAUAGCAGUACCUAACAAAAAAGUUAUCCUCUCUGUCAGAACCUGCAGCAGUCUAAGAAACAAUGCUCACUGUUUGCCAAUGGAACAGCAAUAAUCCUUGUUCCUGCUGAGCAGACAAGGGGCUUGCAUAGGAUGCCGAACCACCGAGCUCAUGUUCUUUCCAAGAAGCUUUGGAUUCUUGGCUUCUUCCAAGUGAAUACCUUGAAGGUCUUAGGCAGUGUGCCACAAAGCAUCAGUGAGAACCCCUCACAGGUGCCUCUGCUGUGCGUCAGGUUGGUCCCCUUCUUUCUGCAAGAAAUCACAAGAUCACCAUUAGAUCACACUGGGGCUGCAGGUGAAUGUCUGCUGUUUCACAAAAUAAAUUAGUUGUUUUAUUUUUUUUUCUGUUGCUGCUAAGCUGCACGAACAAUUCUGCUCUAGAAUAAGAGGCAAAGCAAAAUUAUGACAUAAAAAUGAGAAGGAAGGGAUAAUAUUACUGUUUGAAUUACAGGUGGCUUGCUUGGGGGCCAUUUGCAAAGAGGAGGAAAGAGGAAAUCCUGAUCCCAGGAUGGGAUUUUGCAAUUGCCAAGGUAAGAAGAAGCUACCAGCAAAAUGUUCACGACUUCACUAACUCCGGAAAGCCAGAGAGAAUGACUCCCUAUGGAUGCUAUGGAAAUACUAAUUAGUAUUUAGCAUUCUGUUAAUUUUACAUGGAAACUGGCAUACCCGUAGGUCCCUUUCAGGAGUUACUGAAGGACUAGUUCAGGCACUGAAGUUAAUAGCCAGGAUAGAAGGAAUAGAGAGGUAGAGGAAAAGGCAAUAUAACCAAGAAAUGAAGGGUAGAAGAUAGUUCCAGGCUGAGCAGUAGCGUGAGGGAAAAUGGAUUCCAAAGCCAGCAGUCAGCCUAUAGGAGGGAUGUGUGCAUGGAGAGAAGCAGGUGUUGGAUGAGCCGAGCAGAACAGCUCUUGCAGUGAAGUUGUUUAAGGUCUAGAGGUAGGUUCAAAUGUAUUUUCAUGGUAUGAGAAAUGCUAGCACAAGGUCAGGUGCAAGCAUCAGCUGGCCCGCAGUAAUGCACCACGUGCUUGUAGCCCUCUGCAAAUGCAAUGUGAUAGCAUAAAUUUCAAUGAAAGUUCUUCAAGCUACAUUUUCCCUUGUAUUUGCAAGGAACAAGUUCAGUGCAAAUCAUGUUGGUUCGCACAGCCCAACUGUUAGCCACAACUGAUUGUGUGCCAGCUCAGGUCUGUGUUUGAGCCUUCUGGUGAUGCCCAGCCUACAGUCGGUGUGGAAGGACGCUCAGCAAACACUGCAGGUGAUGCUGCUCAUGGCCCAGACUGUUCCAUCACCACACAGUUACAGUGCUUUUGGGGAGCCCAGCUCCGGUCUGUAUUGGCUCAGGGAUCUUUGCACUGUUCUUUGCUGCACAAUGCAUCUAUGUUGACUAUGAACUAAUGAUAAAGGGAAAGAGAAAAGAAGCUCACUGUAAAUAAUCUUCUUACCUUGAGGUUGUUUAAACUAUAGAGAAGAGCCUGUAGCAACACAGGUAAUGUGUUUGAAGCAAGACUGUGGAUGUUGGGUCUGUUUUCACUGAGAAGGAGAGAAAUUUUGAGAUAAUGAAGGAGGCUUUCUCACUCUUGAAAAGAUUGACAAUCCGGGACAAGCUUUCCAACCUAAGCAUUGCCUGCUGCGGCUGGGGAGCAAUAAUGUAAGGCAGGAAAGGGGAAAUCCUCAGUGACUGAGUUUUAGGCUGUGUAAAUACGAUGUUGACAGUAUUUGAAUAGUCAUCAUGAAAAUAUUUAUUCCCAUUCUGACAUCCUUCAGGACAGGGUGAGAAUUGUUUGUUGAUAGCAUAGUGUUGGUCUAAAGUGAAAUCUGAACUUCAGAGAACGAGAAAUAAGUAAAGAAGGGUAAGGGUAUGGGAAAUAUGUCAUACAGCAGGCAAAUAACAUCUUAAAUUAUUACGGGAUGUAGCUGAAGCAAAGAAUUCUGGAGGUAUCUAGGCUGGCUGCUGGAGAAGGAGGAACCUGAGCUGUCUGCAGGAAAGAGAUAGAGAGACCAAAAUCCCUACAAGCUACAGUGGGUCUUGACAAUCUUUUUUUGUUUGUUAUCUCUGCAAAAACUGCAUCCAACUGCCAUCUUUUGUUAUUUUUCUCCCCCCAAAGAGUGGCUUGGAAAGAAAAUGGUAGUUGACCUCCUGUAGAUGGACCUGAGGUACUUGUUUAUUAACAUGAAGGAAACAGACUGGGAUGGGAGUACAAAGUCAGUGUGAAGGCAGGGACCACAGGUGGCGAACAAGCAGAUGGGAACUGGUGGUUUUCUUUAGGUGUGCAGAUUGAAGUAACUGGUGUUCUCUGAUCAGGGAAGUCUCUGGGCUGUGGUCGGUAGGAGGCAUUUCAGUUCAUGAUUGAAAUUCAUUAGCAAAGUUGCACAGAAUGCUGCCAUGCUUAGUUAGCUUCAACUAUUUUAAUUAAUGCACUGGUUGAUCCCUGUUAGUUUAUUUGCAUUUCAGCCAUUUAAGUCAGCUAGGGUUGCCUGUGUUUGUCCACAGACACCAGGUAACUAGCAGUGAAAGAUUUUUCCAUGCACAGAAACGCUUUUGUUGCAUUUUGCCCCCAAUCAAACUGUAAUUCUGUACCCCAUCUCUCCUGAUCAGCCCCUGUCCAUGUGGUGCCCACAUUUUAAGAAUGCCCAGGGAACUCCCAUAAAGUAAACAUAUCAUGGGCAAUGUCUGUGAGCCCUGAUUGGUCUGGUCCAUGUACUCUGUAGGGCAGAGGAGGGAAUCCCAAAGCAUAGCUUUUGCCUAGAGAAGCACGUAUUUGUUUUGUCAUUAGUUUCCUACCUUUUGUUCUGGAUCUGUCAACUCCCUGUGAAAAUGUCCAAUGGCCAUGCAAGACCCCACAGCAGUAGAUUAAAGCCUGCAGAUGGGAGAGUUGUAUUUCCGUUUACUUUGCAUGGUUCCUCCAGGAGGAGUUGGUGGGAUUUCCCCUGGGAAUCUCAGGCCAGGCCCCGUGGGGCACUGCUCUUGGUGUCCCUCGGUCCGAGGAAGGAGAAAGGCUCCCAUGGGCAGCAGCAGUUCUGAAGGCAGCUGAACCAGUUGCUGCCUGGAAGAGAAGGAAGGGAUAAGGAAUCUCCUUCGGGAGAAAAGCAAACAGUGGAGGAGGAGGAGGAAGAUUAAAUGGUGUCCUGAAACAAGGGAGACACUUCCACUUUGUUCUGUCUCUCGUUCUUGCGUGGAUAUUCUUAUGUCUUCCUACUCUUCUGAGUUUGUGCCGAGAUCAUCAAAAACAGGGAGUAGCAUAUUCCACUCUGCAGAGCUCUCUAGAGAAGGAGCAGGCAGGGUAACAGAGGGAAUAAAUCCCGAGGGACAAAGAUGAAAGAGUUCCUUGAGAGGAGCCUUCAAAUCUGAGGUGCCUCUGUCUGUCACACUGGCAGAAUUCUUUGCAGGUCAGCACGGAGCGCUGCACAGUCCUGGCGUAUUCCUGCAUGCGCCGUUCAGUGCACUUGGAGAACAUCAUUGUCCUAGAAUAAAUUCAAACCGUAUUGCAUUGGUAGCGCAGUUCACUUUGAGUCAUUGCAAAGGGCAUCUCAAGAACUUGGUUUGAUUCUGCUGUAUUCUCAUGUGGGGUUCUUCCAUAAGUGAACAAACUCCAGCCCGCUCCAGUUUGUUAGAAACAUAGAUGGGACCUUGUGACGAAAGUGCUUCAGGAUGGACACUGCCUGCGGGUGUGAGGCUCAGCAUUCCUCCUUGGAGACCAGGAAAUGGUAGAACAGCAUACUGCAUCUUCCCUGCACAGACCUUUCCAGGAGCAGAAACUGAGGGAGCCAGCUAAUUAAGGUUUGGUAUACAGAAGAGAGUAAUGAGGAUUCUGUUAACCCUCCUACGUUCAUACUUAUUUAGAUUGCAGUCUUCUAUAGCCAUACAUACAUGAUAUACAAUUUAAAUGCAAGUGCCCUUCCUUUCCCUGUUCCCCAGUUCCCUGUAGCUCUUCCUCCAUUGAGGGCCAUCCAGCAGCAUAGAAGCAAAGCCCGCUUUCUGCAGUUUUGGCAAGGGAUGCUAGGAAAAUCUAUCACAUAGUAUCUGUUUAUUGACCUGGAAAAGUAUCAGUCCUCUUCCUCCUCAUCUACAUACCCGAAGCAUGUACAGUUGAGUGUAGCAAUCGAGUAAAUUCAUGUGUUUUCAUGCACCAAGGCCAAAUGCUGGUGGUUCUGAGUUUGACGGAAAGACAAAAAACUCACUGCCUUCCAGUGGCCUUGAGUCUGUCAUCUUUAUGUUCUGUGUUAAAAGGUUUUAAAAGCCUCCCUUAUAAACAGUACACUGCACUCAGAAUAUCUGCAGUUUCAUUUCGGGGUAGCACAGUUGUGAAAACCUGGCAGCUUCUUUCAUUUGUAAAAAUGGGACGAAAUCUUUCCAUCCUUUUCCCAGUGCAUCUUGCAGAUUUUUCACCCUUAUUCUCUGGUUUCAACCUACGCCUUAAGAAACAAAAUUAUGCAGCAGACAGAAUGAUAGAUGCUGGUGUUCCCGUAGUGUUUCUUUGUGGAGGGGAAAAAAAAAAGGAAUAAAUGUUUUUUCUUGUUUUUCUUGCAAAUCAGUUCAGCAUGAGCAGGGUUUGCUUAUUGUUGCGAUGUGAUGUACGCCAUAGAUGUCACCUGUGGGACCAGUCCUGGUCUGUUCUGUACAGGUUUCCAUCGGAAUAGGGGUCACUGCAGAGGAAGCGCUUGUUGCGAGUGAUCGUGUUCCAGUGAAGAUUUUUUAAGGGAGAUCUGAACCCUGGAACACAAUUGUCUGGGGGACUUGGUGAGCUGCUUAAGCAGGUGGCUCUGUGGAAUUGUAUUUCCUUCUGUGAGCACAUCAUGGUUCUCGGGGCACCUCCAGGAACUCUUACUUGUGUGCAGCUAUGUAGGAAUGCAUUUGCAGGGGUGGGUUUGGGAGCGUGGCCAGCACUUCAUGAGCUUCCAUGAGUUCAGCUAUUUGGGAAGCCUCCCCAGGGCAUCUUAUGGCUGUUGGCAUUGCUGAACUAGCUCGAACGCUUCACGUGCAGGACUUCCGUGUACAUGGAGCAGGACUGGCACGACCCUCCCCACCUCUGUAGCCCUUUGUAAGUCUCCAGCACUCACGCUGCACUUCAGUGCAAAAGCUGCAGCUGUACCCAUGCCCCGUGCAACCCGUACUGACUGAGCGCAUUGACAAACUUCACUCCCGUGUUGAUUUCAUCUCCUUCACCUCCUUCCCCCUGCGCCAAUCCCGUUGAAAUGGAAAUGCUCUAGCAUCACUUGUUGCCGGCGCUGUUCCUGCUGCGGUCAGCGAUGCCGCGGCCGUAUCGGGGUGAGCAGGACCCUGCCCAGCUCCCCGGCGCCCGCUGCGUCAGCGCGUCUCUGCUGUUGCGAUUCUGCCCCCAUCUCCCCCCCCCUUUGGCCUUUAUGGAUUACUGGUGAAACUCACUUGUACAGUUUGGAUGUUUGAUAGAUAAAGCACGUAUGAAAAAAAAAAAAAGGAAAAAAAUAUAAAUACAAAAAUCUCAACACUGUGCAUUCAGUGUCUUUUCUUUCUAGCUUAAAAGAAGGAAGGUAAAUAAUGUCAAGUCAAUGAAUAUCAGAUAUAUUUUUUGACUGUACAUUACAGUGAAGUGUAAUCUUUUUUUUACAACUGCGAGUCCAUCUUAUUUAUUCUUGUAAAUGUUCCCAGACAAUGUUUGUAAUAUGGGCUGUGUUGCAAAUCCAUAAAAUAAAUCUGUGAUCUGAGAUUCAUGUUUUA